ACAGUCUGCAGGCGGUACUCGCUCGAAAGAGCGAAAUGAUUUCGAAUACUUAGCGUCGGGACGCCGUCGGGGACGACCUUUUUUUCGAAUAGUUUUUCGGAAGCGUGUCGAUUAAUUUCGGAUGUGACAGUGCCUUAUGAACGAGGAGAUUAACAGGCAGAACGCUGUCAAAACAGUCUGAGGAGCAGGCGGUUGUCCGUCGCCAAGGAAUGGACAAUUCCGCGUAUGUCCCGAAUGCCGCCCACCUGAACUCGCCGGCGUUGGUCGUCUUUUCUCAGGCCGGCGGCGGUAUCCAGGACGCCCUAAGGAUUCAGCGUCCAUUCAAUCCCCAGUUUCAGAUGAGCGAAGCGUCCAAAGACCUCCACAGACCGUUCACCGCAUCGGGGUUUGGUCUACGACAUAUAGAAGCUUAUGGAGGAAUACCCGCCCAUAUUCUCAAUCACCUUCAACCGCAAUUCUUACACCCAGGUCUAUCCUUGGGAUCCGGAGCUUUCCGACCUCUUGGCGACCUUAAAUCCUUUCCAUCCCCAUCGGCUUUUGCUCCUCCAAAAUGCUUAAAAAUCGAGACGGGUGGAGACUCCGUCCAUGGACAACACGGGCAUGGUCACGGAAUGUUUUCACCCCAAGAAGAACGUUUUUUGGGUCCAAGCCCAAGAACCGACUCAUGUUCCCCAGCCAGCGCAUCCAUGUCCCCACAACCAGGGACAAUUGGUUCUGUAAAAGAAGAAAGCAUGGAUGCCCAAAUCUCCGAAGACGGAGAUAAUCCUCAAGGGCAGAUCCAAGAAAACGACCAACAAAUGAAUGGCGGUGCUCCCGAAGACGGCAGAAGAUUCCGCAUUGGUCCAUUGUUUGGAAGUGGUUUUGGUGGUGCCUAUACAUUUUCCGUACCAGGACUACCACCAGCUGCCCAUGCAAAUGUCUCGAAGACGAGUUUCCUCUUUGACCAUGACGUUACAGGUAACAAGCGGAAGCGCGACCCCUCCAGUUGUCCAGUCUGUGGACUGACCAUUGCACCUGGCGACCUCCAGAUUCAUCUAAUGCACGAACUCGAACGUUUAUACAAACUAUGCGGAUCCGGCAUUAUUGCAGGCAGAAAAAGAAAAGCAGAUCUAACCAGACCUCCAGCUCUUCCAGGCGAUACUGGACCGGAAGGACGUUGGGAGACGUUUCAAAGGAUAAAAAUCAAUAGACAAGGUAGGCUUAGAAUCAAAAUCAAAAAAAGGAAGAAUGAAGAUUGUCCCGUUUGCAACGAACGUGUUAAUAGAUCUCCAGAAGAUAUGGCGUUCCACGAAGAACAAUGCAAUCGAAAGAAUAUCAACGAUGAAGAUGAAACGGUGGACGUAGAAGGUGAUUCGGAAUUUGAAGAAUGGAGUGAAGGUCAACGUAGACGAACAAACGCGUUAAUAACGGCGGGAACAACACCAAGCAGCAGUGGAAGAAUUAGCACGGAUGCGGAAGGUGAUGAUGUGAUUGUUGAUGGGGACGAGCAGGAGGAGUCUUCAUUUGGCCCAUCCCAGUAUACCGAAUCGGACGUGGUGAUCAAGAGUUCGCAGGAAAAGCAAAAGGAAAAGGGCCAGUCGCAGGUGGCCACCGUUAACUCGAGCGGCGACGUAGAGGUGAAAGUCGAAAGCGGUCAGCAGUGCGACAGCAACGUCAGCACAUCCGACGCAGAACCGAGUAGCCGUGCCCAGUUGAUUGAAGAGUUGAAGAACAGGAUUCGCCAGCUGGAAGCCGAAGGAUCCGGGGAUCCGAACGCUGGCGACGUUGUCGAGGACUAUAAAUGUUUGAUUUGUUUGGAACAUUACAAAAAACCAGUUAUUUCAACGGUAUGUUGGCAUGUACACUGUGAAGAGUGUUGGUUACAUACUUUGGGAAGUAAAAAAGUGUGUCCACAAUGCAGUAUGAUUACAUCGCCAUCAGAUUUACGACGUAUAUUUAUGUAAUGUUCUGAUAUAAUUGAUGUAAACUGUUCUACUCAAUACUUGCAUUUUAAACGGUUAAUAAUAAUCCAAUAUUAAGACGUCGAUCCCGUCAUUUAUAAACGGUAUUAACUCACACUAACGAAUUUUAACAUUAAAUGGACAUGUAACACAAACUUACUGUAUCUAUUCGACUAUCGCACUAGCUUUCAUUUCUCAUUCUCUCACGAUCUCAUACGACACGAGAAAUAUACAUAGACGAGUAGAUUACGAAAAAUAAAAAAAUAAAACGGAGCCUAUAUAGCUUAGUGUAUGAACUAAUAACCAACCUAUCGAUGUGAUGUUCUUUGAACUAAAAUAAAUUGAGAAUUCACUUAGAACAUAUUUUAGAAACCUCACAUUGUUAAUUAUUUUAUUGUAAUUAUUUAAAUGUAACAUAUUUAAA